UUGGCGGCGCGCAGUGUUUGUGCUCCGCGGCAUCCCCGAGCGCCGCCAUGGCGAGCCCGGCGCCGCGCCGGCCCAGGCCUGCCCAGUGCGAGUCGGGGUCUCCGCCCGAGCAGCCGCUGCAGGUGAAGGUGGUGGGGCUCUUCAAAAGCUCCAGCUUUCAGAUGGCGAAGAGUACAGCUGAGAGUCUGAAGCAUAAUCAUCCAUCCAAAUUUGAAGAUCCUAUAAUAGUUCCUCUUCAAGAAUUUGCCUGGGAUCAAUAUCUACUGGAGAAAAAAAGGGAACUCAAGAACGAAACAUGGGAAUAUUCUUCCUACGUGAUAUGUUUUGUUAACGAUCAGUUCCUGGGUGAUGCAUCUGACAUGCAGAAAUGGGCCCACAAAGUGUGGGACGAAGUUGAUUUUAAACCCUCUGCUCUUUAUGAGGCGCUCACUCUGGAUUAUUCUGCUAAAUUCUUAAGAGACACCAAGCAUGAUUUUGUGUUCUUGGACAUUGCUAUUAAUUUUUCUCCAGUUGGAAGAUUGAUUUUUGAGCUGUACUGUGAUGUAUGUCCCAGAACAUGUAAAAAUUUUCAGGUCUUGUGUACAGGAAAAGAAGGGUUUUCUCAAAGUGGCGUAAGGCUACAUUACAAAGGUACAGUUAUUCAUCGAGUAGUACGGAAUGGUUGGAUACAAGGGGGAGAUAUAGUACAUGGAAAAGGAGAUAAUGGAGAGUCGAUUUAUGGACCAAUAUUUGAAGAUGAAAACUUUUCAGUUCUUCAUAAUAAAAGGGGAGUUCUUGGAAUGGCCAACAGAGGCCGCCACAGCAAUGGAUCACAAUUCUAUAUCACACUACAAGCAGCUCCCUGUCUAGAUAGAAAAUAUGUGGCUUUUGGGCAAUUGGUUGAAGGAACAGAAGUUCUUAAACAACUAGAAUUAGUUCCAACAGAGAAUGAAAGACCAAUACAUACAUGUUUAAUUACUGACAGUGGAGAUAUUUAUGCUUGAUUUUCAUACCAAUAUUUUCUGUGAUAAUUUAUUACUUUCUAUCUGAUCAGCUAUUUCUAGAUUUAAAACAGUGCUUGAUAAUUUGUAAUUUGAAAA